AUGAAGUUCCGAGCUAAAAUCGUAGACAUUGGGUGUCUGAAUCACUUCAGCCGUGUCGUCAACACCAUAUCCAAGCUGACAAAGACGUGCGUCCUGCGUCUGACCUCCCACCACCUUUUCUUCAUCCUGUCUGGGAAAGUGGCCAAUGGCGGUGUCAGCAUGUGGUGUGAACUGGCCCAGGCUAAGUUCUUUGAUGAGUACCAGUUGGUGGGGCUUUCUGCGGAGGCCAAUGAGGUCUGUCUGGAGGUGACUCCAGAGAAUCUGUCCAGAGCCCUGAAGACGGCACAGACGGCAAGAGCCGUCAAGGUCAAACUGACUAAAAAACACUGCCCCUGUCUCACCAUCGUCGCUGAACUGCCCACCAUGUCCAGCAUCAGCCGCAUUGUCACUCACAAUAUUCCUGUGGACAUCAUUCCCAGACGCCUGUGGCACGAGCUGAAAGAACCCGGCUUGCCGGACUUCGAUGUUUGCAUCUACCUACCUCCUCUGAAGACCAUGAAGAACGUGGUGGACAGGAUGAACAACCUCUCCAACUUCCUGGUGAUGGAGGCUAACAUACAUGCCUCUGGAAUUCUAUGA